AACAGUUUCAAGAUUUUUUAUUGUAUCAAUCUUUUUGCAAUCAUGCUGACGCCUGACGUCGAUGACUACAAAUUGAUUGCAAAAUUGGGUAGUCUUAAAACGAUAGUCAAUCUACUGAAGGCGUUAAAUUUCAAAGAGAGCGCCACGUGCUUUGCCACAGAAAAUGGAUUGAAAAUAACGGUGGAAGAUGCCAAGUGUAUGCAAGCAAGCGCUUAUAUUCCAGGAGUUAUUUUUGUAGAAUUCAAUUUAAAGGAGGAUUUAAUGUUCAAAAUAAAUUUAAGCAUUCUCGUCGAAUGUCUUUGUAUGUUUUGGAGUAAUAUAAAUACAACGGGGAGUAACGUUGCCUUAGAACUGUUUUAUAAGGGCAUUGGUAAUCCGUUGAGCAUACUCAUAGAAGAAAACGGCAUUAUAACGGAUUGUUCGUUGAAAACUCAAAAUCCAGAGGAAUUACUGGAUUUUCAUUUAGAACCAGAAAACGUUUUAAACAAAGUUGUGUUACAAACGGAAUUAUUAAAGGAUAUUUUAUACGAGCUUGAUCCGACCAGUGAAGUUAUAGAGCUAUUGUUGUCUCCCGAAGCACCAUUCUUCAGAAUAAGUACCAAUGGAUUAGCCGGUAUAUGUCACAUCGAACUACCUCACGAUGGAGAACUCGUAGACAAUUUUCAAUGUACUACAGUGGCUACGACCAGUUAUAGAUUUGCACACAUUAAGCCAGCUAUGAAAGCAUUGUCUUACGCUAAUAAAGUGUCCUUAAGAACCGACGAUUGCGGAUUACUAUGUUUUCAAUACAUGGUAAAAACAACCGAGGAGGGCCAUAUGUGUUAUAUCGAAUAUUACAUUUCUCCGGUAGUAGAUAUGAAAUAGAAAAGAAUUAUCGUAAUACCAUAUAUUUAAUAAAAUACAAAAAAGGAUAAAGUUUUUGAAGUGAUAUUUUUUAUUGGUAGAAAAAAACUGUGACGACUUCUUAUAAACAUAUAAUACGUGACGAAACAAAUAUUCGAGAAAUUUGUGCUAAAGACAAUAAAGAAUUCGGUAAUGGCA